CCCACCGCCCCAUGGAAACACGUGACGAGCGCUGCCUAUAAAAGCCAAUCGCCCGUAGCAACCCCGGCCGCCCCACCGACCCCCUCUGUAAUCCGAAAGCCGAUGAUGGCUUCUCUUUGCCACUGCCCCGCCUCUCCUCCCCAUCACUCCCUCUCGAAGCUCCUCUCCCCUCUUUCUCGCCCCAGACUCCAUCCCCUUCUCUCAAACGUCCUGCCCAUCUUUAACCCUAGCCCUAAUCGCAUCCGAGCCGGCGAUCAGUUCCGGAGGCUCUCCUCGUCCUCCCGCUCGGUCGCCCUCCCCCCCGAAGAAUUGGAUUCCCCUUCUCUCGGCGAUCUCACCCGACCGGAUUUCCCCAUCCUCCAUCAGGAGGUUAAUGGGUUUAAUCUGGUUUACUUGGAUAAUGCUGCGACUUCUCAAAAACCGACUGCUGUUCUGAAGGUUUUGAACAAGUACUAUGAGUCCUAUAAUUCAAAUGUUCACCGUGCCAUCCAUUCUCUGAGUGCAGAGGCCACAGAUGCAUAUGAGCAAGCAAGAAACAAAGUUGCAGCCUUCAUCAAUGCAUCAAAACACAAAGAGAUUGUAUUUACUCGUAAUGCUACUGAAGCAAUCAAUUUGGUAGCAUAUUCAUGGGGCCUCUCAAACUUAAGAUCUGGAGACGAGAUAUUACUUACUAUUGCGGAACAUCAUAGUGCUAUAGUUCCUUGGCAACUUGUUGCACAAAAGACUGGCGCUUCUCUGAAGUUUGUUGGGUUGACAAAGGAAGAAGUUCCAGAUAUUGAGCAGCUUAAGGAGCUUCUUUCAGUAAAGACAAAGAUUGUUGUCAUCCAUCAUGUCUCAAAUAUGCUUGGUUCUGUUCUGCCUAUUGAAGACAUCGUGGGCUGGGCACACAGUGUCGGGGCAAAAGUUCUUGUAGAUGCUUGUCAGAGUGUUCCGCACAUGGUUGUUGAUGUGCAGAAACUCGAUCCUGAUUUUCUUGUUGCGUCAUCACACAAGAUGUGUGGACCUACAGGCAUGGGAUUUUUGUAUGGUAAAAGUGAGCUCUUAUCUGCAAUGCCUCCAUUUUUAGGUGGUGGUGAAAUGAUUGCUGAUGUGUUUCAAGAUUAUUCUACAUUUGCUGAACCUCCUUCCAGAUUUGAGGCUGGAACUCCUGCAAUUGGGGAAGCCAUAGGAUUGGGAGCAGCAAUUGACUACUUGACGGGUAUUGGCAUGCAAAGGAUCCAUGACUAUGAGAAGGAGCUAGCAAACUAUCUUUAUCAUAGCCUCCUCUCUAUACCUAAUGUGCACAUCUAUGGUCCUGCUCCUUCAGAAACUGUCCAUCGUGCUGCUCUUUGUUCAUUUAAUGUCGAGAAUAUUCAUCCAACAGAUAUUGCUACUAUUCUUGAUAAACAGCACGGAGUGGCUAUUCGAUCGGGACAUCAUUGCGCCCAACCGCUGCACCGUUCCUUGGGUAUUAGUGCGAGUGCACGUGCUAGCCUUUACUACUACAACACCAAGAAAGAGAUUGAUGUCUUUAUUCGAGCACUCAAAGAUACUAUUGACUUCUUCACUUCCUUCCAGUAAGUUACCCUACAUUUUUUCUCCUGUCAUGGUUGUGGCAAUUAAUGUAUACUAAAUAAUUUUGUAAAAGAGCCUAGAUAAUUUAUAAUGGAAAUUUCAUUAUUAGAAUUAGUGUACUAUUCAUGAGAAUGAAUCUUUUA